AUUUCCCAUUGGUAUAAAUUGGACAGCCUAUUAUUUCCUCACACGAUACGAAUCAUUUGAUUUCAUUUUCAUCGAAAUUCCGAGCUUAGGGUUUAUGUGAUUGAGGGGUUUUAAGGAUUUGCUCAGGGAAGAAGUUGAAAAGAAGAAGAAGGAAUGAACAAAAUGCAGCAGCAGGCGCCUCAGACGUUGACUUCUGCUCCUUCGACGCCUCUCAAUCUCGUCUCCACCGAGCAGAUUCAGAAGUAUUUGGAUGAGAAUAAAAAUUUGAUCAUGGCAAUACUAGAAGGUCAAAACAUGGGGAAAGUUGCAGAAUGUGCACAGUAUCAAGCCAUCCUUCAGAAGAAUUUGAUGUAUUUAGCCGCAAUUGCUGAUGCCCAGCCUCAGGGAUCUGCAGCACCUUCACAGGGUCCUACUAGCUCGGUUACUCCACAAGGCAGUUCCCCCAUGGUUCAGACCCAGGCUCCAGCAGUGCACCAGCAACCGAGUGGGCCCCCCAAGCUCCCUUUCCAGCUGAAUGCUCUCCGGCCUCAGGAUCAGCAGAAUCAACUACACCAGCUUCAUCACCAGCAACAACUGCAAGGCCACUUUAGUCUUGGCGGGGGUCCUAACAACAGUUGGCAUUUCGCUAUGCAACCUGGAAUUGGCAAUUCAGGCAAUCUGAGGGACUUGAGAGGAAGCCAGCCAGGUGCACUGGAGGCUAGUUCUGGUGAUGGCCGAGGAAACUCUGCUUUGGGGUCUAUGGAGGGCAGAGAAUGAUAGUCGGGCUAACUCUCUUACUUUUUCUCGUCGAUGGGCCUUGUGGUAGUUUUCAAAUUUGACCCCGCAGAUGCAAUUCUCAGGAAGGACUUUUUCUGAUGAUGGUGAUGGUAUACAUCAUUUUCUGAAACAUGUGAAGCAGAAAAAUGAAGAGAACUUCUUUUACCCGUUUUGGAUGUAAUUGAGGCUUAAUUGUUGUGUGCAGUAUUGUGUUUCUCAUGCGUUUAGCCUCCUUGUGCUAUAUCAAUCUUUGAAGCUGUGUUUAAUCUUCGUGCCUGCCCAUUUCUGGGUGCCUCAUUAGGCCACAGCUGUUCCCCCUUAAACACAGGAUUUUCUUUUCCUAUAGACUCACAUAAAGAGAUAGCCGCUGUCUUGUAGCCUUUACUCCCCUAUGACAGGGCAGCUUUCUCUCUA